AUGAUUCCAGCGGGCCAGAAACGAACUAAAAUCCGGGCGCCUCGUAAAAUCUCUGUUUUGGGAGGCGCCAACUCGCCCGAUUCGCAGGUGGACUAUGACUCCUCCUGGGGGCUUUUGGCCAACGCUAUAGCUCAGAUCCAACAUAAGAACGUGCUGAACUUGCUGUACGAACAGCUCUACAGAAAAGCGUACACGCUUGUUUUGAAAAAAUUCGGCGAAAGAUUGUACAACGAUGUUGCCGGCGCCAUCGGCGUGCAUUUGAGGGAAAGACAGCGUGAAUUGGUCCAGAUCAGCGAGUCGAGAACGUUCAAGAUGACAUGGAAAGAGGACUUUUUGAAAGCCGCCGUGACCGAAUGGGCCGAGCAUUUGCAGCUGAUGAAGUUCAUCAGUGACGUGUUGAUGUACUUGAACCGAGUGUACGUGAAGGAAAGCAGGAAGCUCUUGGUUUACGAUAUGGGUGUGGUGCUUUUUGACAUGAACGUGAUUCGCCUUGAUAAUUUCUUUGUGGGCAACACGCUACUGGAAAUUGUCAUUGACGAGAUCACCAAGGCCAGAAGGGGCCAGGUCAUUGUCACCAGACUGUACCUUCAGCAGGUGCUAGCGAUGUUUGAGAUGCUCUUCCAUGAUGAGCCGAAUGUGGCGAAUUCCAUUCCAGAUGCGCCUGUUGGAGAUUCGUUUUUCUCUGACUAUUUCGAAAAAUCCUUCUUGGAGCUGCUGCAGCAGUUCUACCUGACUUUGGCAGAUGAGAUCAUGCUGCUGAUGCUGGGAUCAAGGUACUUGGCAGAUACGCUCAAGUUCAUCAACGACGAGGAGAAACGCAUUUCCUUCCUUUUGCCCCAAAAGACCUCCGUGAAGGUCGUCCACAUGAUGAACAACAUUCUCAUCAAAGAGCGUCUCGACAAAAUGGUGCUCUUACCUGCGGCCCAGCAGGGUUUGAUGUACUGGUUGGACCCGGUGGUUUCCAGAGUGAAAGACAGCAUAAGUCCCACGGGUGCUCUGCACCAGCAAAGUCUCACUGAGCUUCGAACUUUCUAUGUUCUUGUGGAUCGGGUUGACCCUGACAAGCGUUUGUUGAAGGUGCGGUUGAAGGAGGCCAUUGUGAAAACGGGCCUCCAGUUCGUGGACUUCAUCACCAAACACCUCGAACAGCAACAGCAGCAGCAACAGAAUGGCGCUGCCCCUAAGAAGGUGUCGGUCAGCACAACUUCAGCUUCAUUCGCCACGCUUUGGAUCGAUAUGAUUCUCGAGUUUAAUGCUCAACUUUCCCAGGCCGUGAAGACGUCUUUCAGUAAUGAUGCUGAGGUCGCCCACACCAUCUACGAAGCGUUCAGAGACUUCAUCAAUGCAUCCAACCAACCUACAAGGAGACUGUCCAUUGGUCCAUCCACCAGCGCUCCGGAGUUGCUUUCCGUUUUCAUGGACUCCCAAAUCAAACAGCUCGUUAAACUGUCGGGAUCAAAACGAGUGGCUCUGGACAACACCAGUGUGGACGAAACACAGGACUUCUUGCACAAGGCAAUCUCUUUCCUCCGAUUCAUCAAGGACAAGGACGCCUUCGAGGCCCACUACGCCAACCACUUUGCCAAGCGGUUUCUCAACUCCAAGGGGUCCUCUUCCAUCGUUCUGGGGGUGGAUUUGCGUUACAACGGUGAUAUAGAGGAGCUUGUGAUUGCCAAACUCGGGGAGGAAUUGGGAAGCGCUACGAUGGAGAAGAUCGUCAAGAUGAAGAAGGACGUCAAGCUGCUGGGCGACUUGACGAUGGAGUGGAAGAACCACGUCAGUUCCCACAAGCUUUCAGCUAUCGACCUCGAGCUCAAGGUGUGUCAUGUUUCAGAUUGGCCCAAGAGCAUGACAAAGGAUUACAAGAGCUUCGCCAAUACCAACGGGCAAAUUGGCUUCAUUUGGCCCACCCAUAUCCGUGAGACGAUCCGCAGCUUCGAGGAAUACUGGCUUACAGGUAAGAAAAACGACAACAAGUCGCUCUACUGGUGUCCCAAGUUUGGUCUGAUGGAUCUUCGUAUCACGUACCCUCUGCGGACGUACGACAUCAACCUUCUGACGUACGCGGGCGUUGUUAUGCUUUUAUUCGGGCCUCAAACCAGCGACCCGGACGAGGCUCCGUUUGAUAAUAAAAGAGAGCUCACAUACGAAGAGAUCCGUGAGCUUACGAACAUUCCCGAGGCCGAUCUCAAGCGGCAGCUCCAGUCGAUUGCCGUGGCGCCUCGGCUGCGUCUUUUGGUGAAAUCGCCCAUGUCUAAAGAAAUCCAAAGUGGUGAUCGAUUCCUGCUAAAUAGCAAGUUUAAGCUGCCCACUACAAAAGUCAAGGUUCUUACGGUGUCGCUGGGGCUGGCGAAGCUGGAGAAAAAGUCAGAAAAGGCAGAGGAGAGCCAGGAGGUGAAGGCCAAUAUCGAGGAAGGGCGCAAGCAUUUGGUGAAUGCUGCUGUGGUGAGAAUCAUGAAAUCUCGCCAAACCACACUGCACAAUGAGCUUGUGGCUGAGUUGGUGAAGCAGUUGCACGGCCGUUUCCAGCCGCUGACAGUGCUUAUCAAGCAGCGUAUAGAGGACCUCAUCGAGAAGGAAUACCUCAAACGAGACCCCGACCAAAUGGGGGUCUCGCUAAACGACCACAACUUGUACGAAAUCUCCAUCGGCUCGAGCGCAUUGAAGAAAACCCGCUCAGGCCCCGUCAAACGUGUUGGUCUGAUGUCCUCGCUCCCGUCGCUUAGCGAGCUGAAAAGGCCAGGCGAAUACUAUAUUCAAAAGAUCUCGCUGUCUUCAGUCAACUUGGCUAAAACGCCGAAAAAGCCUGCCCUGGCGGGCUCAGACAAUUACCGUCCUUACCCUGGUCCAUACAGUGCCUCAGACACAUCCAAUGCCUCUACUCACUCUGAUGAUGCCUCCCUGGAAGGCUCGUCCCAGUUUGACUGUCCUGACUCGAGGUUGAGCUCCAUGACGUCUAACUCGCUAUGCUCUAACAGAGGCUCUCACGGGUCCAAAUCGAGUGACAAGCCACCUUCGGUGGAUCUUCAUGAAGACGCCCUGGACGAGGCCCUGGACGAGUUGGGCCAGAUGAACUCCUCCAUUCUGACCAUCACGCUACGCUCCGAAAGCCGUGCUGCCCUGUUCAGUGGUUCUCUGAAACCACUUCCUCAGUUUCCAAGGAGAGAUUCUGCCUCAGACUUGUCACUGGCUCCUCGCCCAACUGCUCCCAAGUUGCGGGCCGCCUCGACUUCUAGCAUCAACCCCACAAAGACUCAGCCUUCGCCUAAACCCAACCUUCAUAGAGUCGGCACGCUGACGUCGAAUUACAUGUUGACCCGUUCGAAGACGAGGUACUACAAUCCCAAAGAAACCAAAGAGCGCAAGCAGCUCCGCAAAAAGGCCUACGAUGACAACGACGAUGAUGAUGAGAUCUUGCCCAACGACUUGGAUUUGGUGUUCAACGUUCCAGUCAUCAAGAACCAUGCCGAGAUUUACAUGAGCCGUCGUGGCUCGUCUUCCUCCUCGCUCUCUCGGAAGGACCUUGUGAAUUCCGAUGACGAUCGCUUCAACUCCCUUAGCAACGUUGCAUCCAUGAAACCUUGUCCACUUCCGGGCAGACUCAAUCACCCCAACCUUUCUGUUGAGACCUCACUCCCAACUAUGGAUGAACGUGAUGAAAACUCACCGGCCAAAGCAAAUGACUCUCAAGUCUUUGACGAAUCUGACGAGUUUGACACAUCCUUCUCAUUCAACAACGACAGUGAGAUCAGUCAGAACAUCUCGGACUUCUACAACCAGCGCUCCAUGUCUUACUCCAAGAUUAUCAAGGAAUCAAGAGAACUGCAGAUGAUUUACAAGCUUCCCAACUACGUCAAGUCCCAGUCUUCUGUGGACGACUUGUCGUUGUUCUCACCAGAGAAACUUGACGCAGUGGACCAGUCCAGACCAAUUCACUUGCCUCCAAAAAGCAGUGGCGAGAAGCUGAGACACAGUAAAGAGUUCCAUAAGUUCUUGAGCAACUAUGAACUCAACACCAAGUUCCAGAAUCAGUCAAGAAAGCGCCUGUGUGAAUCAUUCAUCUUGAAUCAACAAAGCUGGUUCAAGUUGAUGGUCACCGUCAAUGAGCCCAAGGAAUUUGCCAAGAAGCUCACAUACGAUCGUGUCAACUUGCGCAAGUUGAAUUGGGAAUCGUUGGUUUCAGACAAGUUCCGCUUCGACUACUUCAUGAAGGUUCUUGACACCAACCUCGGUGCUGACAAUGCCGCUAAAAUCAAGGAGUCCUAUGUGAGUCUUGAAGCACGUUACGCUCAGCUCUCCGAGAAGAUAAUCACCAACAAAAACUUAUUGUUUGACCGCAUCAUCAAUGACGCAUUGCAAAGACCUCUUUACAACACGUUUUUGGUAGAGGCAGCUGAAUCCAGGGAAUCGAUCUUUGAUGUCAAUCAGUUCAAGCACAACUUCAGACACUUGCUCUACAUGAAGUCUUUGUCGGAAGGUGGGCUCAAGAAACAUCACGAAAUUUUCUUUAUACCCGUUUUCUUGAUCUUGUUCCAAUCUACCGAGUCCGUCGAGGAUAUUUUCGUCUUGAUUGAGAUGUUUGAUAAAAGCAUUCUCACCGAUGACGUGAUUGCCGAUGUCAACAAAUACUUUGGCAGGUUUUCCGACCUAGCACUGUUAUCGAAAUCAAGCACGCCCUACAAGAUUCUCAGCAAGUUCCAAUCUUUGCAAGAAUUCGAGUAUUUGAACUUCACCAGCUUCUUCGACAUCAUGAUUCAAUUGAACGAUAGAUUGCCAUUGAGUUUGAGUGCCCCAUCAACACCUAUUAUUGCACAGGGGGCUUUUGGUCCACUCAGCUCGGCAAAGCAGUCUGCCGAAUUUUCGGAGCAGGACCGCAGUAGCGGACCUAACUCUGUGGAGAGUUUCAGUGAGCUUGAUAUGAAGUCCAGCUUUUCGCUGUCGUCGUCAAUGAGUUUGAUCGGCAUUUUCUUGCAAUUGCUCGUCAUUUACUCAAACUCCUCUAAGAGCAAGAACAAAAACAUCCUGAAGAUGUUCCAAGGAUUCCUCCUCACGAUCUUCAAGUACUACCACAUCAACUGGAACAGCUAUGCGGAGCUUGUUCGCUCUAACAAGUCGAUCAAGCUCAAUAACAGCAGCGACCAAACUUCCAAUUUGGAGUCCUUUGUCGACAAGUGGAAGGACAUCUUCAACAAAAUGUAA